AUGCAGUCGUUUUCCGAACCGGGAACACCGUUUAAGGAAGUUAUCAACGAGAAAUGGCAGACGGCGUCUUGCAGCGACAUUGGAAAAGAUAUUAUGAAAGAGACAACUUCGAAUCCACUCGAUCGUGCAAAAUACACUGCUCUUCGACACAAACGCGAAGCAAUUGAUCGAUUUCUCAAAAAACAUAAAUCUGAAGAUUUAUCACUGUAUAUUGACGAACUUAGGGAUUUUGCAAUUUCUUCGGGCGGUUUAGUUGAUGAUGAGUUUCGCGCAGUUAUUUGGCCAGUUUUGUCCGCAAAUCUUGUAUGUAAUGACGAUUUAGAUGACGUCUCUUCAUCAUUCGAUUCGGAUUUCGAGUCAGCUCAAUCUGAUUUCGACGAGAAUCCUCUUGAGGAGAUCACAGAUCCCAGAGAAUUAUCUCUCGAAGACCUACAGAAUCACAAAGAAUGGCAUCAGGUGGAACUCGACGUCAAUCGGACACUUGCUCGGUUUCCGCCGAAUAUUUCCGACAAUCACCGCGAAGUUUUGCAAACGGAGCUCAUUCCACUAAUUGUUCGAGUCUUAAGUGUCAAUCCAAGAUUCAAUUACUAUCAAGGAUUUCACGACAUUUGCCUUACUGCCUUAUUAGUAUGCGGCCAUGAGGAUGCUUUUCGAGUUUGCGUGAAUCUCGCCAAACAUGGAGCGUUCAAUAAUUAUUUACUCAAAACAUUAGAGAGAACGGUUGUAAAGGAGCUGGAGCUAAUGUAUGUAAUUUUAUCGCGUGUAGAGCCCCAACUGGAAAAAGUGAUGAGAUCGGUGGAACUCGGCAGCAUAUUCGCGCUCUCAUGGCCGUUAACCUGGUUUAGUCACAGUUUGAAGCAGUACCAGCAGAUUGUGCGAUUUUUCGACUGUUUUCUCGCUUCAACCCCACUUCUGCCGGUUUAUGUCUCAUCAGCGAUUGUGCUCUACCGAAGAGCAAGCGUGUUAUCGUGCGAACGAGAAAUGCCAUUCAUCCAUCGACUGCUCACUGAAAUGCCUAGAGAAUUGCCGAUUGAUGCGCUCAUCAAAGACGCUGUAUAUUUGUCGAAAUUGAUGCCCCCUUGUUUGCUAAAAACGCGCUACAUGAAUGAAUAUAGGAAAUUUGUCGCCAAACCUCCCAAAAAUGCAGUUAAAUCGAUUCCACGCUAUGCACUUCAAUUUGUGUUUGUCGCUGGAACCGUCGGCGCCGCCGCCAGCUUUUUCUUCUUCAAACAACUCAAUCCGUUGUAA